AUGUAUUAUUUGUUAUCACUAAAUUUUAAAAAGUUGAAUAAAAAUUAUCAAUUUAAUUUGAAUAUGGAAGGCUUAACUACAAACAUAUCAGACAGCGGCAAUUCAAAACGAAAAAAACAUCCUAUGACAGAAAGGAAUCCAAAUGACUUUUAUUUUAUCAAAAUAUUAGGCCAAGGAUCAUUUUCAACAGUUUAUUUAGGAAAAGAAGUUGACACAGGAAAUGAAUAUGCCAUUAAAGUCGUAAAAAAAGAAACAAUUAUAAGGGAAAAAAAGGCUAAAAAUAUUAUGAGAGAAAAAGAUAUUAUGAUUAUGUUGACAUUUAAGGCUAAUGAUUACCCAUUUAUUACAACACUUUAUAGUACAUUUCAAGAUAGUAAAAAUGUAUAUUUUGCCAUGGAUUAUGCCAAAAAUGGUGAAUUAUUUAAAUAUUUACAAAAAUUAGGAUGUUUGGAUCAAAAAACAACACAAUUUUAUUCUGCUGAAAUUUUAUUAGGAUUAAAGUUUUUACAUACAAAUAAUGUUAUUCAUAGAGAUUUAAAACCUGAAAAUAUAUUACUUUCAAAUAAUUGGCAUGUAUUAUUAGCUGAUUUUGGUUCCGCUAGAAUGCUUGGUGAUCAAGAUAUGAUUAAUGGAAAUAACAAUGUUAAAUUAGAACCAGAACCAAUAAUAACAGAUCGUUCAUCUUUUGUUGGUACAGCACAAUAUAUUAGUCCUGAAGUUAUAAAUGGAAGUUGUUUUGGACCAGAAACUGAUUAUUGGGCAUUAGGUGCAAUAAUAUAUCAAAUGGUUUCUGGUAAUGCACCAUUUAAAGCUGUUAACGAGUAUAACACAUUAAAAUUAAUUAAAACUCUUUCAUAUGAUUUUCCUCAAGGUUUUCCUAGUACGUCACAAGAUAUUGUUAAAAAAUUACUUGUUUUAAAACCAUCAGAACGUUUAGGUUCUCAGGAAACAGGAGGAAUAGAAGCCAUACAAAACCAUCCUUUUUUUGAUGGUAUUGAUUGGGAAAAUUUAACUAAAUUAAGACCACCUGAAUUAAAACCAUACCUACCAGCAAGUGCUGGUGAACCUGCUUUUUAUUCAGAUGUUUAUUGUAAUAAUACUGAUAUCUCUCCUGGAUUAAAUGACGCACAAAUGGCAAGAUUAAUGGGUUUUAAUGACUUUUUACAAGAUUGGCAAAAUGAAAAAAAUGAUGCAACCUUACAAUGUACUGAGAAAUAUGAUUAUAUUGUUGAAGAUGUCGUUGAUAAAUUAAAAAUUAGCAAAAAAACAUUAUUUGCUAGAUGUGAAGAGGAAUAUAACAUGAUGAUGAAAAAACAACGUUUAGAACAUAAAUAUCAUCGAUUUGUUGAAGAUAAUCUUAUUUUAAAAUCAGGAAUAAUUGAUAAAAAAAAAGGUUUAUUUGUAAGAAGACGUAUGUUUUUGUUAACUGAAGGACCACAUCUAUAUUAUGUUGAUCCACAAACAAUGGAAUUUAAAGGAGAAAUUCCCUGGUCAAAAGAUAUUCAAACAGAGGCAAAGAAUUUUAAAACAUUUUUUGUUCAUACACCUAAUAGAACAUAUUAUUUAUUUGACCCUGAGAAAAAAGCUGAAGAAUGGUGUCAGGCAAUUGAAGCCGUCAAAGCAAAAUAUUAUGGAUAA